CACUUCCGCUUCCGCAGAUGGUUGGGUUUCGCCAUUUGGAUCGUGACCAUCGAGUUGAGGUUAAAAGGGCCGAGAAGACUGUCGUCGUCCACGACGAAAGGGGAGGCCGACUGCUCCCUGAAGACGAGCGCCCACGCUCAUCGCCCAAUCCACCCCGCUUCUUCCGUUUCGCGCCCAGCCACUCGCAUCGACCUGUCGGCAACUUCGACAAAUCGAGACACUUUUUACCUUUGGCACCUGACGAAACAUGGCUUAUUGAAGAAGAUGACGGGCAUGCGAAGGGAUACCAUUUCUCCGAGGAGAGGAGACGGAGGAGACCGCAGCUUCGACGAGGCGAGUCGCCAGACCGACUGUAAUCGAUUUGCAGAUGGAUGUAAAGAUGAAACUCAUGCCGUCCCCCGCCGAGGGGGCUGCCACUGAUGCGAGAAACGAUCGAGAUGUUAGUGACGAGCUCUACCUGGGAACUUUGCGCAAGAAAGAACCUGUCGGCGCCUGUAAUUUUCCUAAAAAUGAACAACCAACGAAGUACAAUAAUGUACAGAAAGCAAAAGAUUCUGCUAAGAGACCGAGAUCUAAAAGACAACAUCAUGGCAGUGCAGAGAAGAAUUCCAAGGUAGUGGAAGAAAAGUUUUCUGAGUAUAACUCAGUAUUGGUCCAAAGCAGAAAAGCAAAUGGCAAUUUUUUGCUGAAUUUUCGCUAUGCGCGAGAUGCACAAAGGGAUAUAGGGAGACAUAGUUGCAACAAUGAUAGAUCGCAUCCACCGGUGCAACGGCAUAAGUACAACAAAGAACAAUUUAUACAAGCCUGCUGCCAGUUUGUUGUAACUGCAAGUGGAGAUUAUUCCUCACAUUUGACCAACGCUGAUACUCUUGUUGAUUGGAAAUUGAUCGAGCAAAUUAAACUACACAAUUCAGAAAAUCUCUCUUGCCCCAUUUGUUUACACCCACCAGUUGCAGGAAAAAUGACUCGCUGUGGUCACGUCUACUGCUGGUCCUGUAUUCUUCGUUACUUACGUUAUUGUCAAGAAACAGGCAACUACAAAUGCCCCAUUUGUGAUGAAUACCUUCAUAAAAAUGAUUUAAAAAGUGUGGUCGAGAUUACACGAAGGACGUAUAACCUGGGUGACACAGUUACUCUACGUUUGAUGCGUCGCGAGAAGAAUUCCUUAUUCGCGACACCUGUAGAGUCUACGAUUCAUCCACCAACAACAUUUUUAUCUGUUUCAAAGAGCGCCGCUAAUCAGAUAUAUUCGAAACUUCUCAUUGCAAGCGUAAAGGAUAUUGUGGAUAUCAUAGAGCGCGAGCGAUCUGAAUUGGAACUUGAACUUAGGAAUAAUCCAGAUAUGGCUUCUGACAUCAAGCAAGCGCUCGACGAAUUAUUAAAAAGGGAGGACCAGCUACCAUGCAAGAAUAUAGAGUCCAAAGAUGCUGAUGCGGAAAAUACAACGAAGAAUGAUAUUACCGAAGAAACACUACAAGGGAGUGAAAUAAAUGCCUAUACAUGCAAAGAGGAUACUACAUUGUUGGCAAAACAAUCGUCAACGGACAGUGUCUCCAGUGACAGCCAAUCUGCUUCGAGUCCUCCUAAAUUUUUGUACUUUUAUCAAGUCGAAGAUGGACAACACAUAUAUCUUCACGGCUUGAAUGUGAACAUGUUGAAGGAACAAUAUGGCAGUCUCGAAUAUUGCCCGUCUGUUAUAACGGGUAAACUUCUUGGAAAGUAUGCAACCGUCUGCACGGAAUACUUGAGAAGGAAAUUGCCAUAUAUUUGUCACUUACCACUCACUAGUAUAUUCGAUUCAGUCGAAAUUGAAUUAAAACCACCAUUUGUAUCUGAAGAAGUUCUUCGUAAUUUCAAAGAGACUUUGAAUAAGAGGCAGUCCGACAGAGAAGAGAAAGAACGUGAGGAAAAUAAACGGGAAAGGAGAAUAAUAGAAAAUGAGAAUAGAUUAAUUGGUAUUUAUCCAACACCCAACAUAGAUAUUGAAUCGUAUCAACAUUUUCCUCAAUUGCAAGCAGAACUACAACAGUUUUCCACCGAACAUGUGCUGUCGCAACUCGCAGAAUCGGCAACAUCGAGUAUCGCUAGCAGUCCACCUCUGAGUGCACCAGCUUUCGAGGAAAUUCCAAGACAAGAAACGGAUCACUCGUCGCAUGGACACACCCGAACAUUUGCCGACAUAGCGAAAAAAUCACCAACGUCAAUGAUACCGAUGAAGACUAAGUCUACCAAUGCUUGGCCGUCUGUAAGAUCAAGAAAACACCCUGGUACAACGUCAUUCAACAAAGACGAAGAGGAAAUCUCGAAAGUAGAGACAAGAACGGAUGAUAAGUCUAAUGCUUGGUCCGUAAGACCAAAAAUAUCGACAUAUUCUGGUACAACGGGUACCUCUUCGUCCAAUGAAGAUGAAAAAAGAUCUUAUGCUUCUGAACAAGCGAAAGAUGAAGGUAAUGCAGUUGGUAAGAAGAAGAAGAAAAAGAAGAACAAAGGAACUGUACUGUUAACGACUGGGAUGACAUCCGGUUAUUCUUUGUAACUACCUGUAUGAUCGCAUAUUUUUAUUUGCGUAUAAAAUUACUUCUUUGCUAUGUAAAACGAUAAUUGGUAGAACCUUCAUUGAAUCAAUUGUAGAAAAUGGCAGUAAUUAAUUUUUUCACAACUCUUGCGUGGCUAUCAUCGUUAUUAUUUUUAACAUUAUUGUACGAAACAUAUGUGCAACAUAUUGAAUGUCUUCACUUCUGUGCUGAAAAUUGUAAUUAUUUACCGAUAUAAGGAACAAUAAUUUGUUGUAGAGUUCUCGCAUAUUGUGCUUACAAAUAAAAUUUUAUUUUAUUUCA